AAUUGUUGAUUAAAUUGAUUUAGAUUCAUGGUACAAUAACCCAGUGAAUCUUGUCAAGUUGCUAUUUAAUUGUGUGGAUCUCGUUUUGCCUUAAGUUGUAUUAUAAUUGGACCUGUUUCUAGGUUUCCAUUUACAACCUUAAUUGAAUUGUUAUUGUUUUUUUUAACGUUAAUUGCAAGUGUUUUUGUCAUGAUGAUCUAACUUUCGGAUAAUUAUAAUCUAUAUUUAUCUUCACAUUAGUUGCUGGUGUUAGUUGAUUCUUUAAUAGAGUCUGAUUGUACUUUGGCUUAAGUUUUUCGUGGCUCAUCGGGAACUGAAACUAGAUAUUAUUGCGAUGUCCAGAGCUCCAUGGAAAGAGGCUUCGACUCUUAUUUCUAUUGCUCGAUCUUCAUUCACCAAUAAAUCAGGUGAAAGUUUGGAAUCAAAAACGAAACAAUUAACAUCAACCGAUUAUCGUGUUCUAAUGGUUAAACGAAGUAACCUUUCAUCUUUCAUGGCCUCAGCUUAUGUUUUCCCCGGUGGACAUGUUGAAAUUUCCGAUUAUUCAUCUAAAUGGUGGAAUCUUUUCCAAAGACUUGGUAUCAACAAAGAAACAUUGAUAAAAGACAUUAGAUCCCGUGUAACUGGACCUCGUCCACCGAUGAUUCAAAAUCCAACAAUUUUACAAGAAAUUGAUACUCAUGCAAAUGAAUUUGAUAAUCUUUUAAUCCCAGAGAUCGCCUUAAGAAUAGCAGCAAUUCGAGAAACUUUUGAAGAAACAGGUGUCGCUUUAUUAACCUCAUCUCCUUCAGAGGCUCGUGUAGUUGAGGCCUAUGAAAAUGGCGAUUUAAGCAAGUGGUAUGAAAAGGUUCGGGAAAGUGGAUCAAAUUUCAUUAAUCUAUGUGAUCAGACCAAUCAAGUUCCCAAUAUUUGGUCACUUUACGAAUGGUCAGACUGGUUAACUCCUACUAGUUAUGGUCGCAAAAGAUUUGAUACAAUGUUCUAUAUUUGCUGCCUAAAUAAACAACCGAAAGUCGUUCUCGAUAAUACCGAAGUCACCAAACUAAUGUGGGGUACACCGUCUGAAUUAAUCGACGAACACACCAAUAAAAAAGUAUAUUUGGCUCCACCUCAGGUGUAUGAAUUAGGCCGUUUGAACAAUUUGACGAAAUUCGAUCAAGUCGAAAAAUUUUCUCGUGAGAGAGAAAAAUUUGGCGUGGAAAGAUGGCUACCUAUUAUAUCAAAAUAUUCUGAUGGUGCGAUUUCACUUCUUCCAGGGGACGAUGCAUUUCCCUCUGAACCCGAUUUAAUCGGUGAUAAUCCAAUUGCUGAUUCUAAUCAAACAUUGGACCAAAUGAGACUUGAAGUUAAAAAUUUGAACAGAAUUGAAUUACGUGAUGGUAUCGGUACUUAUCUAAACAAUUGUCAACUAAACUGUGGUCAUCUAAGUCCAGUUUCACUUCCUAUCAAUAGAACUUGAAAUAAUCAGAUUUCAAAAGCUUCUGAGAAAAUUAAUUCUAUAACUAUCACGAUUCCUCUAAUCAUUUUGACAAUUCAAUUGAAGUUGUACUAAUAAUACAUUCAUAUAAAUAAUACAUAUAUUAAUUAGGUAUAUAUA